AUGGCGGCUGCUAGCGAGUUUCCAACAGAACUGGCGACCCGUCCUUUGGGCCUCACAGCUCUUAUGGGACUCGAUAUUAAUCAGAAACCUUUGCACAAAGCUAUCUGGGAGUCUUUUUCUGUGAACAGGCAUCCUGAGAGAGUUCCACUAUCCUUCAGACUUCUACCAAUUGAUCACGAAUUUCCCAAAGCAAAAUCAAAGGUGAGCUUUCCUAUCGCUUUUAAGUGUAGUUACUCUUAAAUCCUUUGAUUACGUGAAAUUCUUCUUAUUUUAAGCUCUUUCAGUAUAGUGGGAGCUCACUCAAUGGGCUCUCUCGUAGUAGGUAAGUCAACGUGGCCCACCUUCACUAAGAAUUAAACCCUUUUGAGCUCUUGGACUAAACCUAACCCUUUAAACCCGAACGUUAGUAUGAAUAUUCUCCAUACUUUUCCUAAUACUUUCCUAAGGUAACAAUCAAGAACUGUAGUUGGUGAUCAUUUCCGUUAUUCUCAUGACCUUAGCUUAAUGUUUGAUGUUAUAUGACAAGGAGAAAUUAGAUGCUAAAGGGUUAAAUGGACACUAUUUUCGUACAGCAAGGGUGUCUGCAUAGGAAGUUGCCACUGUUUCAUUUUUCUUACAUAAUUUUAUGAAGAAAGUUCCAGGAGUGAUUUCCACAAAAUCAUUAAAAGAGUUAAUCACAAUUCAAUCAUACUCCUGGGUUUUUUUCCCAAGGAAGCAUUCUCUUGCUUCCUUGAGUUCUGACUUUCUCAAACCUUUCACUCCAAAGAUUUCCUUAGUAAUUGUCUGUACUGUCUGGUGUACAAUUCUUAGGAUGUUAGUUCAGAGAAUCUGGAAUUGGAUCAACUAAUGAUCCUGUAAUUUAUUCUUUUUUCUUUUUUCUCAUCGCUUGUCUGCUUGAUAUUGCAUUGAAAUUUUAGAAGUAAGUUCUGUCUCCGUCACUCAUGGGAUUUGAAGUGUUUACCCUUUAACUCCUAAGAUCUGAUUGUUAAUUUUCCCCUCCAGCUGCCACAAAUUUCCUUGUAAAUUAGUUAUGAGAACUUGAUGCUAGGUCAAGAUGAAAGCUUCUACCUGAUAAAUUUGAAUAUUCUCAUUACCUGUUUGCUGAAUAAUGUUUGGAUAUCAUAUGGAAAAGUUUCAUGUUAAUCACUUCUGGGAGUUAAAGGUUUAAGUGAACCUUUAUCUUUGUUGGUGUGCAUGGAGUCUCAGUAAUAUUUUCCAUAAGUGAGGGCAGAUACUGCCAUUAGUGGGGUCACUACCAUUGAAAAUCUUAGCAGAUAGCCAUAGCAAUGUAAGACCUCUCACAGAAGCAGUAGGCCUCCUGUAACCAGUGUUACUGAAAUCUCUGCUUAUGCAAGUUUAUGCUGGCUUUUUAUCACUGAGUCUUGUUUCCUUGUAGCGUUCUACCUAUGAGUGGUACAUACCAAAGGGUAUCUUGAAGACAAAAUGGAUGCACAAACAUCUUUAUCUCUCUCCUGCUGUGGUGGUCAUGUUUUAUGAGCUGGAUUGGGAUGACGUUCAGUGGAAAGACAGGCAAACUGAAUGUGCUUCAAAGCUAGAAAGAGUCAGGUAAUAUCAAGAGAGUGAGAAUGUUAUCUUACUCCUCUAUAACAGUGAACUUUAAUCAGCACUAAUGACAUAACUGAAAAUUUUUAAGUAAUAUGACAAGUGUGGUUUGAUUUUUAGACAAGAGGGUUGCAUUGUACGUGUUGAGUUUUAUGACAUUUUGCAACUUAAAAACAUAAUUCCACGCUCUCUGAUGGAUAUGAACACAGAAUUAUAAUUAUAUCAAAGUAACAUAUAAAUUAUUGUUUAAUUAACAGAAGAAAAAGACUUUUGUCCAAUUAUCAGCUUAGUGAUUUAGAGUGCAAUUCAAAUAACAAACAUCAAAUAAGUUUGUCAUAACAACAGUAUGUGCUCCUGAAAACCUCCCUCUCUGCCGAGUGACAAUCAGAUACAAGUUGUAAUAAGAACAAUACAAAUUUUGGAGUUAUUAUUUUCAAACUUAUCAGCUCAUUGAAUGAAAAAAAAGAAAUACCCAAUGAACAAUGAAUAAUUAUUUUUGUAUUCUAUAACUUCAAUCCUGCUCAUUAAACUAUUCAAAGCAAUCUUUUAAUUUCUGUACAGGACCAGCCUUCAAGACCAGAACACGAAGGUUGCUGUGGUUCUUAUCCAAAAGAAUGCUCCUCUUCCUCCAGGUAAACAUCAAUAGAAACAUAGACGUCAAAAGAUGAUGUCAUUAAGUAGAGAGUUUUUAAUCCAUGUUUGGUGUUUUCACUACUAACAUCAAACCACAAGCGACUGCCAGGUCUAUCUUAAAAAUCUGCCAGAGGCAUUAUGGCAAGAGUUGCGUGUCAUUUAUUGAGUUAGGCAUGGGCUAAAAAAUGGGGAAAAACUAUGCCCAAAGUAUUGAGUAUGGCCCAAGACCGGUGUCUGUAAUCAAGGUCAAGGGCACAGUUUCUUCCCACAUAGAAAAACAUGAUUGUAAGACUGUAUUUUAACAAGCUGGACCAGUGACUAGGGUACAAUUAGCCAAUCAAAGUCAAGAAUUUAAGAUUCCAGCCUGUUGACAUGCUUCAGAAAAAAAAUAUUCCUGUAUCCAAAGAUUCGAGUACCCUUCAUGGAGGAAAUUCAUGCUAUUAUAAUGAAUCACAGGUGAUGAUUUACAAGCACUAGAGAGGGCAGCAACACUGUGCAGUGCAUGUGACCUGUCAGCCAAAUCAUUGUUUGUCCUACCACAUACAGAUCACUUGAUUGGCUACACAAUUAGGUAUUUGUUCAAAAUUUAUCAUUUUAGAUUGAUUUUGAUGAGAUUGGUUUUCAUUGAGUUUGCAAUUGAAUGUAAAAAGCCCAACUUUUGUCAAAUAUGGGAAAAAAUUUAUUUGGUAAGAGUUUCAUAUUUUUUUCUAUUGUAUUUAUUCUAGCUGAUCAAGGAAAGUUACAAAACAGGGCACAAUAAAGACUAAGUUAGAAUUAUUUGGAAAAAGUGACAGUGAAGUAGAAAGAAAUUGAAAAGCUUUUACAUGAGUAAGCCUUUAACUCUCAAGAUUUCAUUAGUAAUUCUCUUUACUGUCUGCCAUACGAUUCAUGUGAUGUUUGUGUGGAGAAUUUGGAAUUGGAUCAACCAAUAAUCCUCCACUGGAUAUUUUUUCUUUAUUCUCAUUACUUGUCUGCUUGAUAUUGUACUGAUGUGUAAGGAGAAAUUUUGUCUUGGUCACUAGUGGGACUUAAAGGGUUAAACUAACUUUAGACUCACUACAAGUUGUUUAGUUACUUACAUUGGAUGAGAAUGUUUUAAAAAUAAGGGAAUAUCUAUCAGAAAAUCAGAUGUUAUCAGCAUUUAUCAAGACUUUCCCAAGAGAGUUAACAGCCUUUUCAUCUGAUUAACCCUUUAACUCCCAGAUCAAAUUUGUAAUUCUCCUUACUGUCAACCAUACAAUUCUUAUAAUAUUAGUUUGGAGAAUUUUUUAUCAGAUCAACUAAUUAUCCCCAAAUUGAUGUUUUUCUUUAUUCUCAUCUCUAAUCUAGUUGAUAUUGUAUUGAUAUUGUAAGGAGAAAUUCUGUCUUGGUCACUCAUGGGAGUUAAACGGUUGAAUGAUCAUAUUACAAGUUAUCGUAGUCAUUCAUGGGACAUGAAAUUCAUGCAGCUUCAAAAUAAAAAAGGAACAGGUUUGAAACUUAUGAGAUAAAUAUUUUUCUUCUUCUUUUUUUUUAAGGCUGGAGAAUGCUUUUUAUGAUUUAGCACAGAGUUAUUACCAUGGAGAAUGUAGGAGAGUUAAAGCCCACAAGGUGAGGUUGCAAUUCUGGAAAUUUAAGGGAGUAGGGAGAAGGUCAGGUUAUUAAAAUCCCAGCCAGGAGCAAGCAAGAAGCCUGUAUUUGCUUCAUGCUGCAGAAACUAGGGAGAUGCAGUGGCAAAUGUAAUAAACUGUGUCCACUGUUGAAUGGUCCUUGUCUAAAAUUUAUUUUCAACUGUCACUGUCUACAUCGUCUUGUACAUAGAUGAUACGUAGAUGGAUGACAUAGAUUGAAGAUGAGGCCACAGUCUCUGAGUGUCUUGAAUUGAAUUUUCAACUAGUCAGUAAAAGGGGAAAAGAUAGCCCUCUGGUUAGCUUUUUGGACUCUUUUGGUUUAACUGCCUUAGUUCGACAUAAAUUCAUGCUAAAGCCAUUGGGUUUUUAGUAGUAGGACUCCCCUGUACUAAGUAAAUUUCUCUUCUCAGAUCAAGGACAGAAAAGUAUCAGUAACUAAAACUGUCUGUUGGAAAAUGUGCCAAAAUUCUGGGUCAUAUACAAUCCUGUAUAACUUGCCUGGUAGCGCAAUGUAAUGUUUUUAUAGAUUACCUUUUCACUAGCCAGAAUUACCAUCAAAAUAAUUUUGUUGUACAAAAAGUAAAAUUUUAUCAAUGUACGGAAUGAAGAGACACUUAUUAUGUUUUCAUGCUCUUUAUGAUCAUUAGGAAUUUCUUAACAAAGGAACUCAUCAGGUGAGAACUUUAAUUUGCAAAAGUGAUCUUUGUAUGUCAAUAAUUUGAUGUGAUGGAUUCUACUCAAACUACAGAACUACAUUUAGUUAAAGGCUGAGGGAAAGAGUUACCAAGAAUUCUAAGCAGAAAAAGCUUGUUGAUGUCAGCUUUGAAGGGUGUUACUUUGAAAUGUUUCUCAUUCGUUGUCUUUUUUUUCCUACCCUCUUAUAGAUAUAUUAAUUUUAUAUUCUACCAAAGACAUCACUGACCACAUUUUGCUUUGCAAAUGGCCUCAACAGUUCAUAAAUCUCUUAUUUUGCUUCUCUACUGUUGUUGUAGCUAUUGUUGGUGCGACACCAAUUCAAGGUUGCCUUUUUCAAUGAGCUAAGACAAGACCCUCACUCUGCUAUCAAGUAAGUUCGUCAGUAUUUAUUUUUUUAUCGAUCUUACAAUGACAACAAUUAGUUGGCCAAAAGGUAGAUCUCAGUGUUUCCCUUUUUUUCGGUUAAGGGGUCAGGAAGGAAAAGGAACUUUCAGGGCUGUAUUAGCCAACUUUCUGUUAAGAGACUUUUUUGAGAAAAGAAAAUAUAAAGAGGAAAAGUAGAAAUGAAAAUUUUGAAAAGGACACCUUGUGAGAAUAUUAAACAAUAUACUUUCAGCUGACAGCAAUGCUUGUCUCUGAAAUGAUCAGCAAUUAGUGUAGGAUUUUCACAAGGUAUCUCAAGGUUUAGAACUAGGACAGUGGAGGAGAAGGAGCAAAUUUUUUUUUUAUGAAAGAAAAUGACAGAGAGUUAAAAGUUGUUCUGCCUUGCCACAUGACAGCCAAAGACAGUUUACAAAAUUGGCAACUCCUGCCACAGAUUUCUUCCCCAAUAUUUUCAGUCUUCCUGCCUUGAGAUCUCUCAACAUAAACUCCCAAGUUAGUUACAUUUGCAUAUUAACAUACCAGACAUCAGCUGAUUGAUGUAAGACUUUUUUAAUUUUUAACCCCAGGCACUACAGGCAAGCAUACAGUCUUCUUGGAGAAAUCAAGACAACUGACAUGAACAUACUAGAGAUCAAAGUUGUUGCUGGAUUUAUUAAUUACAAGGUUUGUGUUUUUUCAUAUUUUAGAACUCUAAUCAAUAUAUAUUUGGUGUAUACCAUUGUAAUAAUAGUUACAUAAAAGUAAUGAUGUGAAGAAGACAUUGUACAUCUUGGAUGAGUUAAAGACAUGAUCUCUUAUCACGUAAUUUUACAUUUUUGGGAUUAUGUACUCCUUUUGUCAAAUAUGCAAGGUAAAUUUUUCACCAGAUACCUUAAUUGUGCCGUUAAAUCAAAAGAUCUCCAUCUGUAAUUCUAAGUCUGAGGUGUACAGUCAAGUCGCUCUUAAGUGGGCACUUUAGGGAGGUGGCCAUUUAAUAAGUUUAUUUUAGAAAAAUAUAAUCAGAAAGUUACGAGUGAACUAUGGUACAGUACUUAUUUGGUAUUUAUUAAUUCUUGAAAUCAGUUUACCCACUUAACCAUCCAAUUUCAUUUCAGAAUGAAACUACAUUAUAGAAUGUGUCACUUACAAUGUUGAUGAAAUAUUCCUUAUUUCUCUCUGAUUUUAUAACAAACCUGUCAGUGACUGCUUAUGAGAAACAGUACCAAAAAUGUGUCCAACAUUUUUUAAUAUGGUCACUUACAGGAGUGUUUUGGAAACAGUGACAAACAGAAACAAAAUGGUUAUUGGCAGAGUGGUCACAAAAAAACCAAAUAUCUUUGAAAACAUUUGAUGCUAAAUUUAGAUUCAGUGGAAUUUAAAUGUCCUAUGGGACCAAUAUAUCUGGUGAUUUAUAUCCCUCCUACAACAUAUAUUACAGACUUUUGAGUUAUCCUGACAACCAAACAGUAUUAAUCAAUUUUUAUUAAUUGUCUCACAGAUUUGUCGUCUAAGUUUCCAAGCAUCAGCCCCAUUAGAUGCCAUAUCACAAUUCAGAAAGCAUGUGGAUUUGUUUAAGGAAAAGGUUGGCUGCCCUGACUUAGCCUUUGAACACUCAGCCUGGCUCUCCAAACAGUGAGUAUUUUUUCUGUUUAGCCUCCUCACUCUUAACUGGAAGGUCUGCAUUCAGUUUGUUUUUUGGGCACUUACAUAUGUACAGCUAAAGUACCUCCCUCCACCCCAGAGUUGAAAUAAGUAUCGCCAAUUAUGAAGGGAAUUUGACAAAAAUGCUGGGGGGGGGGGGGUAAGGGGGUAAUCUAAAAGACCUAUAUGUAGCAUCAAAUCUAGAGAGAGAACUUUUAGUCUCUUUAUGCUACAGAAACCAUGGUAAGCUUUGAUGUGGUGAGUCCUCUUUGGUUUGUGUUCUAGAAGGUUUUUGCUUUCAAAGAAACCCAAGCUGUGACCAGGAUCUAACAACUCUUGUUUCUUAACAAUAUUAGAUCAAGAACAGGUCAAGUUGAAGUGAAAUUUUUGACUGAACUUUUCAACAUAAUGGAACUGAAAUGAUGAAAACAGGAGACUUUUAAAUAAUUGUUAGUCAGUUCAAUGAUGAAUAAUUGUCAAAGUUAAUACAACAUGCUGUAUGGUAGGGAAUUAUAGAGGCUUAAUCAAUAACAAACUAUGUGAAAAAUUAACACAGGUUCAGUUUAUUUGGAGAACUGUUUGAUGAAGCCAUCAGAAAUGGUUUAACCGCCUUACAGGUAACAAUGUAGAAGAUCUGUGUUGGCAUAUUGGUUUAAUGAAUGAAAUAUUUAUUUAUUAAAUCUACAAACAACAAUACAUCUGUAAGAAGAGAAAGAAAUUCUUACUAAUUAUGUUACUAAGUAUUCUGAAUUGGUAUUUAGAAUAAAGAAAAAAUUGUCUCCCAUUAUGCUAUAUCUCUUAUGAUAAUUGUAUGCAAUAUAAUGGAGUGUUUUUCUGUUUUAAAGGUACUUUUUUGUCAUCUCUUAACAAUCAUGAUGAUCUUUUCUCCCCUAAUUAAAUUUUGGCUAUAAACAGAGAGAGGCACCUUAAUAAAUAGGAUUGAUGUAAAUGUGCCCAAACAAAUCUGGUCUAGUGACUGAUUAGAGUGUCCAAAUCAGUCAUACUCUCAGAUUCUGGUAAAGACUUAACUGUUACUUUAUUACAGACUCAACACCCAGGAUUUUACUAUCAACAAGCAGCAAACAAUGCCAUUGUCAGGAGACAGCUUUGCCAGGGCUUGUGUCAUGUAAGUAAAAUUAUUAUCAUGCCAGAGGAUUGCUGAGAAAGAUCUGAAGGAACAGUGACAGACACAAACUCAAAGGAGCAAUAUUUUUCUUAAUGAAAGUGACCAUUUUUUUAUCAUUAGUUGAAACUUACCAAUAAAAAUUUGAAGACUAGAACUGUCGGCCUUAGUUAAUUUUGAAGUACAAAUUAUUUCCAAAGAACUUUUCCUGGAGGGCCUUACCCAGAUAAAUUGGGCUACAUACUUGUGCACAUGGGUGGACAUAGCUACAAUGGAGGUCAAAGCUUGUUCGGACAGUUAUCAAAAAAAGAUAUCCUAAAUCCAAACAUAUUACAAAAGGCCAUCUUUUGCCAAUUCAGCUGUGUACAUAGAACCCCCUCUAACAAUGUUGGUAAGUUUAGGCACUACAUCCUGGUAACGUUUACAAAGCACACAAAAUUUGAAAUUGUUUGGGGGGGGGCAGGGAGGUUUUGAUAUAAGUAAUAUUGCCUUAGACUUUAAACCACCCUUGUAGUGUGGGAUAAUGUUGAAUGUAAACUAGUGGCAAGAAAGGGUCAUAGAUUCCCUUCAAAGUACACCUAACCAAAAACUAAUUAACUACCACUCAAAAGGGUCAUUUGUUUUCUGCAUGUAAUUAACUUUUAUUGUUCAUUGAGUCUGAUGAGUUACUUUUUAGUUAAUACAUUGGAAUCUGUUAUUAAUUCAUCUCUAGACUACCACUCCACUUACUAUGAAUCCCUUAGAAAAUGCUGGAAAUCUCGACUUCUAUGGUCAGAGACCUUGGAGACAAGGUUUUCAAGGUAACUGCAAAUAUAUAAUUUUUUUUUCCUCUGGCAGUGUUUUUUUAGAGUAAGUACAAAAGGUGUUGAGACACUCAGUAAGUUUCCUUUGCUAAACCAUGUACUGGUUGAAAAGCUCAGUGUUAGAAUUUUGUUCCAUUUGAUAAGAGAAAACUUUUUGUGUAUUAAAAACACUCUGUCGGAAUGAAACUUGAUCUGUUGAGAUGCAAUACUUUCCUUUAAUUUGUAGAACUGCUGGGUUCAUUUGACUUAAUAUAUUUGUAGGAACAGAACCACCAGAUGCAGGAAUAGAGAAGGCUGGAAUUAUAGCCUUGCAGUCCCAAGAAAUCCAAGUGGACCAUUCUGUAAGUGCACUGUAUUGUUUGGCAGACUUUCAUUUCAAGAAAAUUAAGAUCAGAUAAAUGUCAGGGAGAAGUCAUGGUGACAAAUUAAGUUUAAAUGCAAGGUUAAUAUGACUGUAAAUUUUUGGUUGCGCACAAUUGCAUCAAUGAGCUUUCUAGCCAAACCAAAGCAAUUAUGAAUUUGAAAUCCCAAUUGCCAGUAUUACAUAAUACCUUGUUAGCAAAUACUCUUACCAUCAAUCUCUUUAUUUAUGCUAACCUACUUUGUAUAUUUGGUUGAGGUACUUAGAAUAUUGGCUCCUUUUUUUUCUCUCACAGUGGGUUAUCAUUCCCCUUCUCAGUAGUAUAUUUGGUUGAGGUACAUAGAAUAUUGGCUCCUUUUUUUUUUUCUCCCAGUGGGUUAUCAUUCCCCUUCUCAGUAGUGCAGUGGCUCAGUUUAAAAAGUACAAAUCACCCAGGAUGAAGAGAUACCAGAGUAAGUUCUCUCUUUUUUCACUUUAACCCUUUAAACCCUAAGAGUGACCAGCAUCAAAUUUCUCCCUAAAAUAUCAGCCCUGAAUCACAUGUUAAGGUCAUGAGAAUAAAGGAAAUGAUCACCAACCAAAGAGGCUUUUGAUUGGUGAACAAAAUCUCCUUGUCAGCACCUUAGGAAAUGUAUAAAGAACAGUAUGGAGAAUAUAUAGACUGAUUUUAGAGUGUAAAGGGUUAAGAACUUAGCAAGAUGCAACUAAAAGCUUUUGUUUCUUCAUGACAAUGUACAUGUAGUGCUUUUAAAAGUUUUUUUUUAUUAAAUUUACGAAGCAGAGUGAUAUAGUGUACAUAGUCGAGGUCUAUUGGCUUUUCUUAUCUAAUUAUCAAUAUGACAAUAAUAUGCAAUAAGAAUACUUGAUAAAACAUAGGGAUACAACUGUACGUUGAAUAGUAGUUACAAUGAUGAUUAAUAUUGCAUAUGGAUAACUGGGCAAGCUAAUCAUUUUCUACUGUAUGCUCUGAAGUUCUUUCAUGUUCACGUUAACAACAAGUCUUUUUUGUUAAUUCUGCAGUGGUUCAGAUGGGUGAGGAGUAUUACCAUGCUAGAGAUUACAGUAAAGCCUUAUUGUGAGUGUAGCAUAAGAGAAUGUUUCAGUUUAGAAUCAGUGGUGAUCAAGUAUUGUACCACAGGCAGGCCAGGCCGUUUGAAGCGUCUUCCUACGAAAUUACUUUCGGCCGGAGGCCGUUGCGUGAAAGUAAUUUCGUGAAAAGACGCUGACAUACCACAAAAUGAGUUGAUUAAUAUUCCAUUUAACUUUAUUGAGGAAUUCAGACCAAAAUGUCAUUUAGAUAUGCAUUUUUCAGGGAUUUAUUCAUAACCCUCGUAGAUUUCUUCUUUAAGGUUGUUGGGAAAAGUCACCUGGGAUUACCGCAGAGAAAAAUGGUGGUCACUUCUUACGUCAGUUUUAAUCACAUCACUGAGGUACUGUUGUUUUGUAGUAAGUGAGACAAGAUUUGUACUCUCCAGCUCUUGUUUCUGAGAACUCAACAUGUAAACAUUUUCAGUUGAAAUAAUCUGAAUUUACUUGGUUUUGCAUUACCUUGCUUUGUGAUUGGUCUUGAAAACACGCGCUACCCUCUCAACCAAUCAGGUGUAAAAUUGAAACCAAUGGCGCCUUGGUAACGCGCGUUUUCCCGCGCUUCAGGCAGCUUACUUGUUUCCUCUUUAAGUUAUCCCUUGUGAUAUUUACCUUCGCUGUGAUUGGCUGUUGGGUUUACCUUGGUUGUGGUUGACAACACAUUAUUGAAAAGCACUCAAGCGUGAGCAUCAGGGAUAGUAUGUCGAGGUUGGUGGAAGUUUGGCUCAUUUACGACACGGACACAGCCAACUCGGACAGACGGAAUAAUUCCACGUCUGUUCAGUUGGACUGCUACAAAGCCAAAAAUCAAAGUUUGUCUUCUUGUUUAACGUCAAAUUAUUGCCAAGAGGUUGUUUAUGAAUAGCAAUUUUGGUGUAAAACGUUCAAAACAGUUUUUCUCAACUUCAAGUUUUAGAUUUAUUUAUUCGUAUAUCCUUAGUCUUCUUAACUUUUAUUGCAGGUGUGCGUACUUGGUUGGCAAUGUGGAGGAAUAUAUCACCCUUUCGCUUGAAUUUACAGGAAGAUGUAUCCUUGAAAAUGCUGCCUAUCAUUUGAAUAACUGACUGUAGUAUUUUUUUCUGGGUGAAGUGAUUCUUUCAGUUAGAGUUAUUUUCAAUGCAAAGUGAUGUGGGAUUGCAUUGGUGUAACUUAGCUUCGUUAUGUUAUUGGUCAAGAAAACUCGCGCCAUUUUCUCAACCAAUCAGAUGCAAAACUAAAACCAACCACGACUUGGUCUUCCGCGUUUUCCCGCGCUUCAGGCAGGGUGCCUGUUUUUGCUUUGAGUUCCUAUUGGUUCUUCAUGCUAGUCACUCUUAUGGGUUAAAGGGUUAAAUUGGUUUCCAAGUCAGGUGGAGAGGCUGAAAAGCGCCUUCAAAACGCAAGGUAUUCUUGGGCAACCAACUAGUAAGGUUGCAAAAUUUGGGAACUUUAGGAUAAUAUUGACAUUUGUAGUUGUAUUAAGCUGUGCAGAUUUUGCCCGAGUCAAAUUUACUGCGGUGUAAUACGUUGAGAAAACAUCUUACCUAACAUUUGUUAUUGUAUUAGUGGUAAAGUCCUUGAUUCAAGAAAACAUCAGAUGUUGAAAAUUCACCUGAAGAGAAAACAAGAUGUCAAACUAAUCUUAUUCACGUCAUGUCGGUAAGGACUUACUGCCAAUGGUCGUUUAAAGAGGAUUUAUGGAGGAACUUUUAUUGUAGAAUGAGUUUACGCUGAUUUUUUCUGUUUUUGUCAUCUACGACCCUGACACUGGUUAUUUAGAAAUAGAAAGCACGCGCGCGGCUGAACGCGAGUUAAACACGCGGAAAAGAGAGUUUCUUUGCCCGCAUGGCUGGUCUUUCGCGCGUGGAUAACUCGCUUUUCGUCGAGCGCUUACUACAGGACAAGCAUGUUACGAAAGACAACUGAAUUUUUAUCACUGUAUCGUUUCUUAUUUUUCAUUGGAAUUACAAACAGAAUGAAUGUCCUGAGCCCGAGCCAGGCUGUGACUUUGAAGCAGUGGAAGAAGCUAAGGAGCUAUGGAAAACACUUAAAGUGACAGCACAGGCACCCCAAGUAUUUACCAUACAGAUGGAACAAAUAGCACCAUUUGGUAAGAAAAUGUCAACUCUAUUGUGUAUUUUUUCUCUUUGCGUUGAUAUAAUUUCACAGUUCACAGAGGCGGAAACUGAAUUUAGCUGUAGAAACUCCUAAAUUCAAUUUUCAAAUACAGCAACUAAAAUCUUGUAGGAUAGAAAAAAAUUCUUCUUUAAUACCCUUUGAAACCAAGGCUUGAUAAGGUGACUGGUAAAAUUUUUAAAUUCAAAAUAUUAAUGAAUGAAUGAAUUUUUUUUCCAUUUGUCUUAAGGAGCGUGUGAUAUUUUAAUAUUUCCUGUUGUUUUCAAUUUUGUUCUUUCUUCAGUGGAAUGCAAGGCAGUCUUUGAUUCAGUCUCAACAACAGCAGAUUCUACCAUCCUUCUUCUUACAAGGUUUGUAAUGUCUUCUUAGAGUCGCUUACUCCAAAACAGCUUUCACCCUUAGCUUUCAAGAUCUAAUUAAUUCUCUAAACCAAUGAUAGAUUUUUCUUUUGAUGGUGAGUCACGAGAAUUUCGUUGUAUACGUGACAAACAGAUUCCAUGAUGCCGUGUGUCUGUCCACUAAGAGAUCACAGACGACGUCAAAAUGUUGGAAAUAACAAAAAAGUGACACAUUGUGACAUCUGCAUUGAAAUUAUUUAGCUCUGUUAUGCAUGGUAACGAUUCGGUGAUUCUUUGUGAGCGUUAUGAAGCACGUGAUCUGACCCCAAACCUCUCUGGUUCUCACUCUGCUGCUACUGUCGCGCUUUAUCGCGUUUUACCCACUAAACGCUUGGAAAAGCCUAACUUCGUGCCUGCUCUACAGAAAAGCUUUUCUUACGUGUAGGACUAGACAGUUAAUCAUGCAAGGAGGAUGUGGUGUUAUAUUUGACAAACAGAUUCCAUGAUACCGUACGUCUGUUCCAUAAUAGAUCACAGACGACCUCAAAAUGUUGGAAAGAACCAAAAAGUGAUGCAUUCUGAUGUCAUCUGUGAUUUAUUAUUAAACAGACGCACCGUAACAUGUCGUCGCUUUCCUGAAUAUGCCUUGAUGGAUCAUUUUCAGUUCUUGAUUCUCGUAAACUUUUUGUUUUACAUAUUAUUAAAGUAUGGAGAAUUUAAGUUCUGAUUACUCGUGGGAAGAAUAUGGUUAAGAGGAAGCUUUUAAGAGACCACAACCUUGGUUCAAAACUGUUAGCACUGAAGUUAUUUAGCUCUGUUAUGCAUGGUGACGAUUCGGUGAUUCUUCGAGAGCGCUUUUUGAUUGAGUGUUGUAAAGCAACCUAAAAUAACCACAACGGUCACUCAGGACAAAAGAAAAUAUCACGAGAAGUUUAUGAAAACUCAGCGUACAAACAAACUGCCAUUAAGCGCGGGAAAAGGCGGGAGAUUGGUCGAGAGAGUGGCUCGACUUUUCAAGACCGAUCUUUGACCGUAACGAAGAAAAACUGAUGUAGUCUCGGAUUACCAUUGACAAUCAAUUACAAGUUGUUCUAAGUAAAGGUCUAAACACUCGUUAUUGUUGUGUGUUGUUAUAUUUCAGGGUUUCUUGCCCAUUUCCCCACCGAUUCUCGAAGAUUGCCGUUUUCUUUAGCAAUCAGGUAAGUUAAAAUAUUCCUAUAUACGUAAGGCUAGUGUUACUUUGUUUCGCCAGAAUAUGAAAGCACAGUUUAGUCUCGCGCUUACAAUAGCAAGGUAACUACCACAGCUAACCGGAACGAAGGUCGACCAUAAAAUGCACCAAGGAGAACUAAAAUCAAACAACUGUGUACAACAGUAAGUGUAGGAAAACGCGGAUAAUAAAAGCACGAUUGGUUUGGUUUUGCAUAUGGCGUUGAGCUGAUGUCUUAUUGUCUAUGAUCUUGAAGGCGUCAAAAGUGAAAUGUAAUCAUUUGUGGUCACUUUGGAUGUGGAUCGCAAUGUUUCGACUGCAUACUGCCAGUCUUCUUCGGGCGAUGAGGUCGAUCGAGAACACGUCACUAAUAUGCUCUUGUGCUCAGCUGUGAUUGGAAUUUCACGGCUGUGAUUGAAUGCUUGGAACAUGCUAAUUUCGUGUCUGCUUGCCUGUAAUCAUGCCAUGACACUCUGGAUGCUAGUUUGGUUGCAUUUUCUACUGGCCUGACUCAAUUUUCUUUAUCUUUUAUCUUAGUUUUAUAACCAACAGUGUGUGGUGGAGACUGGGUCCGCUCAAGGGGAGGGUGGAUUGUAUCUUCUUCCAGCAAAGACCAAAGUCAUACCGUUUCAACUAGUGCCCCAGCCUGAGGAUGUUGGAAAACUACUUCAGGUAAAAAAUUACUGAAAUACUUCGCCAUACGAGUCUUUGCACUUAUCAAUAAUUUAUUCGUAUGAAAUGAUAAUUGUCGCAGUCAGCUGACGAGACUAGCAGCCUAAAGAGGAAAAGCUAAUGGUCUUUUACUAGAAACUAUCUUUAGAGUAUUGCUGCCAGUCCAAAGUAAGAUUGCCCCCCCUCCCCCCGCUUCCCGCACUUUAUCAUUCCUAGGCGUAGAGUAAAGAAUUUUUGCCCAAGAACAUUACUCAGUGAUCCCAACCCAGGGCUCAAAGCCAGAUCUCUCGGUAGUGUCACCGGCAAAGUUUGACAGAAAACUUUUUUCCGGAGGAGACUGCUUUAAAAGAGACUUCAGAUUUAAGCUUUCUUCGUUGUGGUUCCUAGGUCGCCUCCUUGAGGUUCGAUUCCUCAUGGGGAAUUUUUUUUCUUUGUCCUACAAUUGUGACUAGACGAAAAACACCUUUCUCUUUUUCUUUACCGAUCUUAAAAAUAACCAUCUUUUUACUCUAUUUACAAGGUUUUUUUUGCAGUACAAAGUAACCAACUGUCGAAAUAACCGUACAAUAUCGAGGGUAAUUUGUACUCGUUGCGCGCGUUAUUUCUUUUUGAUAUUCCAUGUAGUGCUGUUGGAUUAAAAAAACUGCCUUUACUUCGUUUGUUUGGUGUGCAGGAAAAUAAGGCUUUAACACCAAUGAACCAUCGUAGUUCACGUCUUGCAUAUUGUCAAUGUGUCCCUUUCGUCUUUUCUUUCUAGAUCGAGAGGUCGUACUUCGUCAAAUGCUCUUAAGUAGGAUCGCGGACUGUAAGAGCAAAGGUAUAAUACUUAAGUAAGCUAUAAUUGUACCUUUAAUCACAAUUCUUUGGGCGUCUAUUUAGAGACCUCAAGUCAAAUUGUCGUGCAAUAGGUAGCCUGCAGAAGAGGCGUUUUUAAGGCGAACGAGGAUUAGAGAAAGGGGAGGAGUGCCUUAUUUUUCCCCGCCUUUCCCUCGUACGUCACUUCCGCUUGCCUCCGUUCGCCCUAUUGUGCAUGUUCUGCGGGCUAUGCGAUUCCGUUCAGUACGUAGUUAAUAGAUCUCUAUUCUUUGAAAAGAUUCCUAUCAAUGCUUAAUCCUAGUCAUUUGCUUAUUUUUUUAUUUAUUUUUUUUUAUGCAGAUUAUCUAUACUGUAGAUGUCCAAGUAGAACCAAAUUCUUCGCCAGUCACCUGUACCUGUGCCAAGGUGAGAUCACUCUUUUGUGUCUUAAAGGUAAAAGUAAAACUACCUCUCAGUAUUUCCACAUUUAAUUUUAAUUCUCGUUCGCUUUGUAAUGUAGUUGCACUUGUGAAUGUGAGUUGCACUUGUAACAUGGAGCGCUUUUCGGAUGACUGUCAUAAAACCAAAACCAAAGCAAUCACAACGGCUAAUCAGAAGAAAGGAAAAUAACUGAAAGAGCCAAUGAGAACUCAAAAGAAAAACAACAAUACCCAAAGGGCGGGAAAACGUGGCUUUAGUAUUGCAUCUGAUUGGUUUAGAAAGUGGCGCGAGUUUUCUGGACCAAUGAUAGAACGCAAGUAAUCUCAGAUUUCUUUCGACACGCAAUUAAAAAAUCCUUUACCUGGUGAAUACAAAAUCACGACGACUUUUUGCUUUCUUCUUUCUCUACUGUCCUGAUGUAUACCCGCCCUAGGAGGAAAGUGUUGUUAUCAAGACUGUUAUGCCAUUUGAAAUCUCUUUGUCUCUGACAGGUAAGGGAAAAUAGGCAAUAUUUUUUACGAUGUAAUUUAACGUCUCUUGGAAUCGAUCAAACUUGCGUUUUUGGCUAUGUUAGCAAACUUGCUCUCGCUCUUGUCUCAAAUUUUUUUUAUUACAUUGAAAGUUAUGGCAUAAAUUAAUGCAUCUAUAAAUCCGUCAAAAAUUUUUGAUCGCUGCAUAACUCUACGAAUAUAAACCUGGUCUGGUGCAUCAAGAAACACUUUCUGACUAACACGCAUCUGAAUGAGGGUGCUGUGGUUUGAAUUGAUGAUUAGCGCUAAGUUGUCUUUUACCACGCGAUGAAAAUUCAAUUGUAAGGUUCCUAUACAAAGUAACACAGUGUCUAGGCUAGUAAAUGGGGACCUCAGGCAGUCAGGAAGGCAACGCCGCAGUAAACGAUGGUUUAAAAAUGAAUUUAUAAUUUCGCGAAUGGCUAAAUGCGUUUACUGCUUCUUGUAGCGCCACACGUCAACCGCAGCUUAACGUAUGGCAGCAGCGUUGAGUUCCAAACGGGCGCUUAGAUAGUUUGCCAUCGGGUUUUCCGUUCACAGACCACACAAAUUUGGUUGAUUUCAAGUUGUUGUUUUGCAAAAAACGGGUAAGAAAUGUACAAAGUUUUGAAAUGCACGUGCCGAUCAAUUGUUCUGAAAAUUAGAUAUUUUGUUUUGUUAUGCCCUCGUCGUCGUCGUGGUUUGCUUUUGGGGGUGUAAACCAAAGCAAUAUAAUGAGUUCAAAUCAUUGAUUUGCGUUUAUUCUCAGUUGGAGAGACUGGAUCAGCUGUUCGAAGAAGAACCAUUCCUCUUAUUAGCUGGCAUCAAAUGCACCUCACCUUGGCCUGUUACCAUGGUCACCACUACAUUGAAUAUGGUGAGUUUACAAACAAUUUAUGUUCGUAAAAACUUGAUUUGUCUUCCUUUAGAAAAUAUAGUCGUGAAGAUAAGUUAAUGGAGCAGGAGAGCAAGUGCUGCAAGAUAUUGGGUGGGGUGGGGUGGGGUGGGUCGGAGCGAAAUCUCCGAUUAAGUGGAAGAGUGAAUCUGUGGGUUCACUUAGUAUCCCCUCCCCCGAGUCAAGCUGGAAAUGUAUAUAUACUACAGCUUUCGUGCGUGUGCCGGAACCGCGCGAAAAUAAUAUGUCAUGAAUUAUUUUUCAACCUUCGGAUAAGAUGACAUGUCUCGAAGUGAUCUUCUCAAACUUACUGCAAUUUAACUCUUUGAAGAAAAAGUAGCCUGAGAAAUUCAGGUUUUAUCGAGGAUUGACAAGGAACCUAUAUCUUCUUGAGAAUAGUCGGUUCCUACUUUCAACUGUGCUUCGAAUUAGAAGCAGAAAUUCUGGAGAACUGUUUGUUUGUUUGUUUGAUUUAAGUCUCCAGAAGUGAAUAUUGUGGGCGAAGAGAUGGGAUCGCCGCUGCAAGGAAGUAAGGAAUACAUGUCUGUGUAUUACGAGAAUAACCGAUCGGAAUUAGUUAAAGAUGCGUCUACUUGCAUUGCUGUCCCCAAAAAAAACUGUGAGAUUCUCGUCGUUAGAGUGGAUUAGGCUUCUUUAUAACUAAUCGCCGAACAUUUGGGGAAACUAGAAAAGGUUGAGCGUUUUUUUGGACCAAUUGAAGGAGGGGGGAAUCAGCAGGGGAAGACAAGAGAAUUUUCCUGAGGAGCUUCAAGGCUUUCAAGGCCCUCUCCUCAUACUAGACAAGGUUGAGCGAUUUUGUAGAUUAAUGGAGAGAGGGGGGGGGGGAGAAAUGUGCAUGGGAAUACGAGGAGAAUUUUGUUGAGGUGUUUUCAAGGCCCCUCCUAAUUAAAUACACACCAGACAAGGUUGAGCGAUUUUGUAGUCCAAUGGAGAGAGGGGGAGAUCUGCAUGGGAAUACGAGGAGAUGUUGAGGCGUUUUCAAGGCCCCUCUUAAUUAAAGACAUACCAGACAAAGUUGAGCGAUUUUGUAGAGCAAUGGAGAGAGAGGGGGGAAUCUGCAUGGGAAUACGAGGAGAAUUUUGUUGAGGCGUUUUCAAGGCCCCUCUUAAUUAAAGACAUACCAGACAAGGUUGAGCGAUUUUGUAGAUCAAUGGAGAGAGGGGGUAAGAAUUUGCAUGGGAAUACGAGGUGUAUUUUGUUGAGGAGUUUUCAAGGCCCCUUUUCAUAUGAACAUACAGCUUUGCGUUAUGUGUCCUUAUAUGCAAAUUGCGGGUGCAAGAUUUCUUGUGAAAAACUGACAAUUAUUCCCGACUUGCUGGCUGUUUUCUUUUUCUCCUUCUAACUUCAUGUAUGGUGGUCCCAGUCUCUUUGCAACAGGGUGAAAGUGCGUCGGAAUGCUACUGCUUGGCUGUUAAAGAGGGUGUCAGUAAACUGAAGGUCGUGAACAUUGGAAGUCUUGCCCUCCAGUGGAGACGGUAAGUUCGUGGUUAACUCGAGGGAGUCUAAGAUAAGUGAGAUAGUUGAAGCAAUUUUCAAUUGAGUACCGAUUGUAAUACCGAACUGCAUUCAAAAUUUGGUCUUGCCUUCCUUUGCUUUGUGAUUGGAGUAGGAAAGUUGCAAAACUCUCUCUCUCUCUGUCAACCAAUCAUGAAAUGCAAAAUUUAAACCAGUGGCGACUUGGCCAUCCGCGUUUUCCCGCGCUUCAGGCAGUUUGCUUGAUUUUUCUUCGUGCUCUCAUUGGUUCUGAUGAACCAAUUUUAUUACUUUGGAUUUGUAGUUUUUGCCAACACUCAGUGGACCCACUGAUGCCUUUUCAACUGAACCUUAUUUAGGGGAAUAUAUAGAAGUCCUUUCGUUUCUUGAUUUAAUCAUUUUACAUUGUUUUAAUUCUUUAGAACUUCUGCGACUGAUAAGUUUCCAGUUGUGGUCACAGAGCUCACUUUCCCCUCUGUAACAGUAGAGAGUGUUCCUUUUGCGAUACAGGCAGGUACGUUUCCAGCAAGGUUAAUCAUGCGGCAAUAUGCCAAGCGUCAAAAUCAAACUAUACUGGAAAAGGUUUAUUCGUGCUUCUCCACCUUUGUGCAGGCAAAGUCGUCCAGAUGUGAGUUUAUGUUUCAACUACAAGUUCAGUAGUGUUCUUAGCAAAUGCAGUGCAAAUGUAUGAAUUUCAUAUAUCUAAAAUCAUUAUUCAUCACUUGGAUGGUUAAUUUGGACCCAACAUAUUGACCAGCUCCCAGUUGGCUUGUUAACUCAGUUGGUAGAGCGCUGCACUGGUAUUGCAGAGGUCAUGGGUUCAAAUCCCGUACGGGCCUGAAAUUUUUUUCAGGUCCUAUUUUCAACUACUAUUUCAGUAGUGUUGUUAGCUGCGAGGAUCUCUUAAAUUCGUCCAAAUGUGUUACAACUAUCAGUCUUACAGUCAAUUUGGUGAAAUUCCGGGCCAAUUGGCAUAAACACGAUAAAGUCGAUAAGGUUGUGCGAAAGCACUCUUACUGCGCGUUUUACAGGGUUUCAAAUUGUUCAAGAGAUGAGGAAACCUCACACGUACUAGGAAAAGCCACUUAAAAAAAAACGUGGUUAAACUCAGUGUUAAUAAAUGUAUAGAGGGGGUACGUUUUUAAACAUAAUUUGGUGCUACGUCAGUGGGGGUAUUGAACAAUAGUCAUGUUUUAUUAACAAAGUUAAUAAAAGAAAUUGGUCCCUGUAAAGAGUUUCUCAAGCGGACCUCUCGAGCGUCAGCCCUACGUCGAUACUUCAGCUGUAGAAAUCCUUUACGGUGGCCAAUUUACAUUAUCACUUCAGUUGAUAAAACCAAAUUAUCUUUGGAUAUAUGUAUUUGUUAAUGAAUAGAAGAGGAAAGACGGUAAAUUUAAAGCUCCGUAAUAAAGUAAAGAAAAGAUAUUUUUCUUCGUCAUACAAGCGUGGGACAAGGAAAAAGUAAAGCUUGCCAUUCGAGAGCGGAAGUCGAAAUUUUGGGGCUCUAAUCCUCAUGGAGGCACGACCUCGUUACAAGAACAAAAAAAAAAUUAUAUAUUGUACCGUUUUUUUCAGAUUUGCCUGCAUACGGCUGUGUACAGAGCCCACUUUUCGUAAGCUAUCUCGUCCGCAAUAGAACGCUUCAA